AUGGCUCCUAUAACUUUGGCUGGUUCGGCGGACUCGAAGAACAAAUUCGAGGACUUAUCCGGUAUUGAUACUGCGAAAUAUGCCAAUCCCUAUGAUGCUUUGAUCGAAGCAUGUCACGAUGAUCCGGUAUUUAGUUUUCACUGUUGA